CUUCUUGCUUGCACCCGGCCAUUUCCAGAAAUCCUUGCUUCUGCGUUGAUCUUCCUUAUAAAUUCAUGAUCACGAUCAUGAGCUUGGUCGUGCAUUAUGAGUGAAAAGAAGGCAGAAAAACAAACACUUGAGAGGGAUCUGGAUGUACAGAGAGAGAUGAUGGAGGGUGAGUACCAAGAGAUUGUGAUCGUGGGCGGAGGCAUUGCGGGGUUGGCAACGUCGAUAGCGCUCCGUCGAAUGGGGCUGCAGCCCUUAGUGCUCGAGGGGUCGAAAGAGCUGCGAGUCACCGGUGCGGCCAUUUCACUUGCGCCCAAUGCCUGGCGCGCCUUGGAGACGCUUGGUGUAGCUCACAAGCUCACCCCAUUUUACGCUCCUCUUAAUACGAUGGUGUUCACCGAUCUUUCUUCUGGAAAAACCAUCAGUACUAAUUCUUUGCUAAACAUCAGUGACGAUCUAAGUUUAAGAUCCGUCCACAGGAAAGCAUUACUCGAGGCUCUUGCAGAGGAACUUCCACCAACAGCAAUUCGGUUUGGCUCGAAGCUGUCAUCCAUAAAAAAUUUACCAGAUUCAUCUCUUCUCGCCCUUCACUUAGAAGAUGGAACAGUGAUCAAAACCAAGGUACUAAUUGGAUGUGAUGGAGUUCGAUCCGUGGUGGCUCAGUGGCUAGGCCUUCUCCAACCCGUGCACUCAGGUCGGUCAGCUGUGCGCGCCAUAGCAGUUUUCCCCAAUGGUCAUGGCUUCACCAAGAAUGAGGUCUACCAGGUGCUUGGCGAAGGAACCCGGUCUGGUUUUAUUCCUCUGAAUGACAAGGAAGUGUAUUGGUUCAUGACAUAUAAAUCUCACCUCGAUCAAGAUGCAGAUCUUUGGAAGCAUCCAGAGUUGAUACGGGACACGGUGUUACAAAGGAUCGAGAAGGCUUUUCCAGCCAAAUUUGUGGAAGUGGUCAGGAAGUCUGAUCUGGAAACAACUUCACUGGCUCCAUUGAUUUUUAGGUAUCCAUGGGACUUGUUCUUCGGUCAUGUCUCAAAGGGGAAUGUAACAGUUGCAGGGGAUGCCAUGCACCCAAUGACACCUGACCUCGGCCAAGGCGGGUGCUCGGCUCUGGAAGACGCCGUAGUCCUUGCUAGGAACCUUGGAGAAACCCUGCAGAAGGAUGGCAGGACCGAGUUCGAUGAGAAAUCUGCGGAGGAAGCACUGAAGAAAUAUGCCAAGGAGAGGAGAAUGAGAACUGCUGGCCUCAUCACUGGCUCACUGCUCUCUGGUUGGCUUCAAGGAGAGACAGGAUGGCUGGUGAAGAUGAUAAGGAACACAAUCCUCUAUCGUUAUUUGUUCAGCAAACUCCCUCAGGUUGUUGAUUAUGAUUGUGGGAAAUUGCCUGUCAUCGGCUCCCACAGUUGAAGGCAUGUGCAGCUUGCUACACACGCUCGUAUCUUAGAAAUCCUUAUCUGGUAGAUGGACUGGACUUCAUGAUUUUGUUUUGUGUUUCAGUUGACGCACAAAGCCAUAUCUUCCAGUUGCAGUGAUCGAUCCUAAGUUGGUCAUGUUUACUUGGGUCUUCGUAGAUGGUGCACUGAAGAUGACCAUGAUUCAGUGGUUUCUUGAAUAAAAGGUUUCUUAUGUGUUUUUUGCUAAUGUAACAUAUCUGUAAUAAAUAAGUUUUGAAUUGUAUAAUGAAGGUCAAUGAAGGUAAUCAGCUAACUGCUUGUGCCUUUUC